AUGACGGCUCUAAUGAAGGCACCCCAAGUCAUGCAUAGAGUACAAAGAGAAAUCCGAAACUCGGUCGGAAAAAAAGGAAUCGUGGAUGAAGACGACUUGCCUAAGCUUCCUUAUCUAAAAGCAGUAAUAAACGAGGCUUUCAGAUUGUAUCCUCCAGUCCCAUUGUUGGUCCCAAGAGAAACACUAGAAAAAUGCACCCUAGAAGGCUACGAAAUUCAACCUAAAUCCAUCGUUUAUGUUAAUGCAUGGGCCGUUGCUAGGGAUCCCGAGCGUUGGGAAAGUCCAGACGAGUUCUUACCUGAGAGAUUCCUAAACAGCAACAUCGACAUAAAAGGACAAGAUUUUGGAGUAGUCCCGUUUGGAUCUGGCCGGAGGAGUUGUCCCGGGAUGUUUAUGGGACUUGCAAACGUGGAGCUUACACUUGCAAAUAUGCUCCAUUCAUAUGAUUGGGAAUUGCCUCAUGGGAUUCAAGCAAAAGAUAUUGAUACAGAUUCUUUACCAGGUCUCGCGGUGCAUAAGAAAAAUCCACUUAUUCUUUUGCCUAAGAGAUACAUUGUUGAUUAG